GGCCCGCUAUACAGAUGGGACCCUGACGCGCCCGCUACACAGAUGGCGCGCUAUACAGAUGGGGACCAGGCCCGCUAUACAGAUGGGACCCUGACGCGCCCGCUACACAGAUGGCACGCUAUACAGAUGGGGACCUGGCCCGCUACACAGAUGGCACGCUAUACAGAUGGGGACCCGGCCCGCUACACAGAUGGCACGCUAUACAGAUGGGGACCCGGCCCGCUACACAGAUGGCACGCUAUACAGAUGGGGACCCGGCCCGCUACACAGAUGGCACGCUAUACAGAUGGGGACCCGGCCCGCUACACAGAUGGCACGCUAUACAGAUGGGGACCCGGCCCGCUACACAGAUGGCACGCUAUACAGAUGGGACCCCGAUGCGCUACACAGAUGGGGAUGGGGGGCCAGCCCGCUACACAGAUGGGGACCCCGCACGCUACACAGAUGGGGACCAUGGCACACUAUACAGAUGGGUGUAA